UCCUCCUGCUCAUACACACUGCACAUCCCUCCCCACCACGCUUCGUUUUUUUUUUUUCUGCCUCUCUGCAUUUGACAGCCUCCCUCCCUUUUUCUCUCGCCUCCUCCCUCUCUGAUUAGGCGUUACACCGGCAAAACACUCCCUCUAAGCGGGGAACAAACACUGGAGCAGCUCCCCCCCCCAACACAUGAUCCAACCUUCCUCGGAUGUGCGUCUGACAGAUCGGUGUUACUUUUCUGAAACAAUUUCUGUUGCCCAAGUUCUGAGUUGGAGGUGAAAACAAGAGGCAAGGAGUCCUCCCUAAUUAUAGGGGGCAGCAGCAGCAUACAUGCAGGACUCUACCUCUGACAGCAAGAUGGCCAAACAGGAACAAAACUCCAAGCUUUUGGAUGAACACAGAGAAACAGAGGACAUGUCUGAGAGGACCUCCCUAAACAGGAACCUCAAAUCUCCUCAAAAAGGCUCCAAAAGGCUUAAAACCAAUCCCUUUAAAGUGGCACUGCUGGAUUCCACCGAGUAUGAAGGAGAGAUUGAGAAGCAUUCUAAAGGACAGASCCUGAUGGACAUGGUGUGUGAGCACCUCAACUUGCUGGAGAAGGACUACUUUGGCCUGACCUUUGCUGACACAGACAGCCAGAAGAAUUGGUUGGAUCCCUCUAAAGAGAUCAAGAAGCAGAUUCGCACGUCUCCUCCCUCAGACUCUUCGUGGCACUUCGCGUUUGCAGUCAAGUUCUACCCUCCAGACCCCUCCCAGCUCACAGAGGACAUCACCAGAUACUACCUGUGUCUGCAGCUGAGAGAUGAUAUCCUGUCAGGUCGACUGCCAUGCUCAUUUGUCACUCACGCCCUCCUGGGCUCCUACACCAUUCAAGCUGAGCUGGGUGACUACGACCAGGAUGACCAUGGCUCAGAUUAUGUCAGUGAUUUCCGCUUUGCUCCCAACCAAACCCGUGAGCUGGAGGAGAGAGUGAUGGAGCUCCAUCGAAGCUACAAGGGAAUGACGCCAGCAGAGGCUGAAAUUAAUUUUUUGGAGAAUGCAAAGAAAUUGUCUAUGUAUGGGGUGGACCUCCAUCACGCUAAGGAUUCGGAAGCGAUUGAAAUAAUGCUCGGUGUCUGUGCCAACGGCCUGCUGAUUUACAGAGAUAGGCUAAGAAUCAACCGCUUCGCCUGGCCAAAGAUUCUCAAGAUUUCUUAUAAAAGAAGCAACUUCUACAUCAAGAUCAGACCUGGGGAGUAUGAACAAUUUGAAAGUACGAUUGGCUUUAAACUUUCUAACCACAGAGCUGCCAAGAAGCUGUGGAAGGUCUGCAUCGAACAUCACACCUUCUUCCGCUUGGUAUCUCCAGAGCCUCCUCCUAAGGGCUUCUUGGUGAUGGGUUCAAAGUUUCGAUACAGUGGAAGGACUCAGGCUCAGACCCGACAGGCCAGUGCUCUUAUAGACCGUCCUGCUCCUCACUUCGAGCGCUCUACCAGCAAGAGGUACCUGCUGUCCAGAAGCCUGGAUGGAGAGUUCUCUCGGCCAGUAUCAUCUAUGUGUGAGAACCACGAUGUCAUGUCCCAUCGCAGCAUCAGUGAACAGCGACAACUGCACAGUCCUUCUGUGGAUGAGCAGGAGACUGAGCUGGAGCCCAGUCUGGAGCAGGAUGAGGAAGACAACGAUGAGGAGCAGGGCCAGGAGACCGAACAGGAGCUAAACCAGGAUGGCAACAUUUCCCCGAGCAGAAAGAAAGAAAUUAUGGAGGAAGCUGGCUCUCCAGUUGACAGUAAACAGGAGUUCCUAGAUAAAUCGAAGGAUGUCUUACUGAAACACCAGGCCAGCAUUAACGAGCUGAAGAGAGCMCUGCGGGAACCAAACAACAAGCUCAUGAACCGCGAAAAACGUCUGUCUGCAACCUCUCCAACUGGAACACCAGAAAAGAAGGCUCCUCCAGUGGCAAAAAAAGACCCCAGUGCUGUGAGUGUGGCCCACAAGCUGAAAAGAGUCGAUACAAGGACAGAAACACACACCAAUGGAUCAGAGGUCCACCCCAACAUCGUAAACGUCUCACCACAGAGCCCCAGAGCUGUCAGCUCCCAGGAAGCUCCUGUUGCCCUCAAAGAAAAUGGCUCCCCUGUAA